AUGGAGGAAGCACAAGGCUAUGCAGGAGGUAUUUGGAUUGGAUGGAAUAGAAGUGACAUCAAUAUAACGGUUUUGGAAUCCAACAACCAAUAUAUUCACACAAAAAUUGAAACCAACAGUAGGGACUCUUGGUUCUUAACUACGGUGUAUGGAACUUCCCAACCUCCUGUAAGAAGACUCCUAUGGCCUAUUCUCGAGAGAAUAGCUAACAACAUGAUAUUACCUUGGCUCUUGACUGGAGAUUUCAACAAAAUCAAGGAAGAUUCAGAAAAGAAAGGAGGGAGCCCCAUUGACCAAAAAGCCUACAAAUCCUUUAAUUCCUGGAUAAAUAGAUGUGGAUUAAUAGAUCUAGAGUUUGUUGGGUCCAGAUUCACGUGGAGAGGUCCCAUUUGGAAUGGAUUUGAUAGAGUUUUCAAAAGGCUUGAUAGAGCUCUCUCAAAUCCACCAUGGAGAACUAAAUUUCAUGAAGCUUUGGUUAAGAUCCUACCAAGAACAAACUUUGACUAUUACCCACUCUCAAUAACUAAUGAAGGGAAUCCCUCUAACAAAGACAGAAGGCCUUUUAGAUUUGAAAUGAUGUGGACUAUGCAGCUAGACUUCAAACCCUUAGUGGAGCAUAAUUGGAAAGCAGAAAAAAGGCUACCGAAGAACCUCAACAAUCUUAAAGAAAAGCUUGUCAAUUGA